UUUGCAGGAGACCCUUCAGCCCAGUUACCAUCCUCCCUUUUGGGAGACUAUCAACAAUACCAAUAGGACUUCUUUCCCAGGAUUACUUUAAGAGAAUGAGCGGUAGUUCAAGAAGGAAAUUGAGAAGGUAUUCAGUAGCUAUAUUUCUUAAGAUGAUAUCUCCCAGGGGUCAGUCUUCCCAGGCACUGGGCUCGGUGCCUCGCAGCUGAGACUGGCCACAAUGGAGAGCUGGGACAGGGCCAAAACUCCCUUCCAGGAAAGUAAUUUAAGAGGCCAAAUUGGAAGAACCCUGAGGGCAAGCAACACAUCUCUUAUCUCUGUUUGUCCAGCGUUUACCUCAGUGCAUGCUGAUGCCAAGAUGGAAAAUCGUCUCAUGGAGCACAUCAUAAGACCAGGUGAUCUAAUGUUAAGGCCACGUUUUGUGUCAUCUUGGGCAUAUCUGUCAAUGUUGGAUUUUUCCAUGAAAUACCUGAGAGUUAAUCUGUUUAGAGAAGAGAGUGAGGUUGUCGCAGCAUCACCAGCACUCAGAUCGGGGAGCCAGGAAGGACUGGAUGAAAUAGUCAAACGAGGAUCACAAAGAACAGAAAGGAAGGUUAUGAGGGCUUGUGUUUGCAAUGCCCACCAGCUCUACACUGACCACUGCGGGGGUGAGAGGAGUAGGAGAAGUGAGGAUGAGCCUGGAGCUUUUCCUUUGCUCUCCCUCCAAACAACUUUUUUGGACUUGCGGCAUAAAAAACGUUGUGUAAUAAUGGAGACAAAUGAGUGCCAACAGGUGGUUUCGAAAUCUAAUGCCUUGCGGAAUCCUCAUUAGGACCAAUGGGAAGCCUAAGGCUGAUGAGAAAUCACUGAGGCCUUCCAAAAUACAUGAUGGCAGACAUUCCCAAGAUGGAGGAGCAUCCAUUUGAAGGCUUGGUCAUGACAGUGUCACAUGACUCAAGGCAACAGAGACCAUAUAUCACCUAUAGGAUCUCAGCACUUGUAUUUCAAGAACUACCUACGUACAAGAUCUAAGACCAGCAGAGCAACCUGACUUUAGCUCAUUCAAAAGCUAUUUCAUUCAAGGUAUGUUUUAAAAA